UCGGAUAUGUAAACAUUUUUUUCACGACUUAGAAACCAGAGAAAAAAAUAUGUCUAAAGGAUUUGGAGAGAGGCUGCUCUGGGACAUAGCUAUUGACCAAGCACAGGAAGCAGAUGAUGGACCUAAAAGUGAAGAUGCAGCACUCUUUUUCAUUGGAAGUAAAAAUUCAGGGAAAACAUCGAUCAUUCUUAGAUUCCUAGACAGAGAUGAAGCACCAAAGCCUACAGUGGCAUUAGAAUAUACAUUUGGUAGAAGAGCCAAAGGCCACAAUAUUGCAAAAGAUGUAGGACACAUUUGGGAAUUAGGAGGGGGUACUUGGCUGUCUAAGCUAAUGGAGGUGCCUCUUAAUCCAGAUACAAUCCAGCAUACUACCUUAGCUAUUGUUGUGGAUUUGUCCAAGCCUUCAGAGAUCUGGUUCACUUUGGAGACUUUGCUGGCAGCGGCCAAGUCCAGAAUAGAGAGCAUUCUGACGGAAAUGAAGCAAGAACAGCCUGGUCUGAAGGACAAGUUACACAAAAAGGCCUGGGAAAGAGUGGGAGAGGAACACUCUGACAAGACAAUGAUAGACCCUUUCUUAAUUCCUUUGAUUAUUAUAGGAGGAAAAUAUGAUGUGUUUCAGGAUUUUGAUUCAGAAAAGAGAAAAGUUAUAUGCAAGACUCUGAGGUUUAUUGCUCACACAAAUGGUGCAACAUUACAGUUUUUUGGACUGAAACAGGAGCAGCUGGUUAUGAGAAUGAGAGGGCUCAUUAGUCAUCAUUUGUUUGGGACAACUAUGGGGAAAUCUCUACAAGUAGACCACAACAAACCUCUCCUUGUGGCAGCUGGACAUGACUCUUUACAACAAAUAGGUACUCCUCCUUUAUCCGACAAAGACAUUGGUAGAGUCCAUGCAAAGAAUCCUAUGCAAUUAUGGAAGCAUGCUUUUACAGGAUUUUUCCCACAAGAUGAUAUAUCAAACCCUGCCUUAGUAGAUGACCCUGCUAAAGACCCUCAGUACCAGGAGGCAGCCAUUGAUUCACUCCGAGCACAGAAAGAUGAGGAGUUGGAGAGAUAUCGUAGAUUAUGUGAGAGGAGAAGUAAAGAGGCACAGAGAGCUAAUACACAGACAGUUUAUUGAUACAGAGGGUACCACACAAUAUUGUUUCUAUAGCUGUCUUCAACUUGAUUUAUUAACAUCUGAAAAGUUUGAUUUCCGAUGAAAGAAGUUUUAUACUUUAUACAUUGAAAGGAAACAUUUUUUAGACAAAGAAUCUGUAAAUAAAUGGGAUUUUUAGGAGGACAUUCCAAAACCUUUUCAUGAUGCAAGAAGUGUAUUGUUCUGAUAGAGAGGUCAAUGUCUUUUCUUUUGUAGAACGGGGCACUUUUUAAUGUAUCAGGAUUCUUAUGAUUGUAGAACACAUUUUAGUAAGUUCAACAUGCACUGCAUCUCAUUAUGUGAACAGCAGAAGAGAUGACAUUCAAUUCAUUACUAAUACAUGUAUCAAAUCCGUCCAAAUAAAUUACAUUUUUUAUCUAUUGUACACUUUAUUUACAUGUAUUGUACUGCUUUAUAUAUUUGCAUUUGGCAAAUAAAAAUGUUCAUAUGACAAUUACA